GAGGAGGGUCCAUUCUUCAAAAAGUGGUGUGCUUUAAACGGACGAUCCGAAGAAGACACUUCUCUCCUCACCUCUCACUCACUCUCACACACACAUAUACACUCUCUCUCUCCCUCUAGAACAUUCUUGUUGAUGAAUUCCUCACCUCUUUCUCUCCUUCCACCUUAAACCAAAUUCUAUAUCUAUCAUAUAUAUAUAGAUUAUUAUUUUAUAUAAUCAAUAAAAAGAUAUGAUCUUUUUUUGACCACUUUUCUGUAAUCUCUCAACCAACAAUCUUUGAGCGGAAUUUGAUCAAAUAAUUAAUCAGAAUUAAGGAACCCCUUUUGUUGAUUCUUAGUGUAAGUGAGUGAAAUUGGAUUGAGACCAUCAUCAUGGCUGUUGUCGAAAAUGGUGGUUCGGUCGAAAACGAGGUUGUUGAUCACUCUGAUCAACAAAAGAAGAUAACUUGUAAAGAAAAUGGACAUGAAAAUGGUAAUGGUAAUGAUAAUUUGGUAUAUGAAAAUGGAAAUAGUGUAUCAAAUGAAAAUGGAUAUGGUAAUGAUCAUGAGGAACAGGGUUUUAAAAAAGAAAUGAGGGAUUUAGCCGAAAUGUUGUCGAAUUUGAAUCCAAUGGCUGCUGAAUUCGUGCCCCCUUCGUAUAUAAAUAAUAAUAGUUAUAGUUAUAGUAGGCCUUUUUUAGUGCCACCAUCCCCUGUUGCUCAUUAUGGUUAUGCUGCUAUCAACAAUUUCUUGAUGCAAACUAAUAACGCGAUGUUUGCCAAUGCGAAUUCCAAUGGUACUCCUGCUAGACGGAAGAAGAGUAACUUUAGUCAUGGGAAGCGUAGGAUGAAUAGCCGAACUAGUAUGGCACAACGAGAUGAUGUCAUUAAGAGGACGGUUUAUGUGUCAGAUAUUGAUCACCAGGUAACUGAAGAACAACUUGCUGCCCUCUUUAUCAAUUGUGGACAGGUUGUGGAUUGCCGUGUAUGUGGUGACCCUAAUUCCGUUCUUCGAUUUGCCUUUAUAGAGUUCACAGAUGAGGAAGGUGCAAGGAACGCAUUGAGUCUUGGUGGCACUAUGCUUGGAUAUUAUCCCGUGAGGGUGCUACCUUCAAAAACUGCAAUUGCACCUGUAAAUCCUACAUUUUUGCCCCAGUCUGAAGAUGAAAGGGAAAUGUGUGCAAGAACCAUCUAUUGUACUAACAUCGACAAAAAGGUUACUCAAGCAGAUGUUAAACUUUUCUUUGAAUCACUUUGUGGCGAGGUCUACCGCUUAAGGCUGCUAGGAGAUUAUCAUCAUUCAACUCGUAUUGCUUUUGUGGAGUUUGUGAUGGCUGAGAGUGCAAUUGCAGCUCUGAACUGUAGCGGUGCAGUUUUGGGGUCAUUGCCUAUAAGGGUGAGCCCUUCAAAGACCCCAGUUCGUCCACGGGCACCUCGCCCUCUAGUCCACUGAGUCGACAAUCUGGCUCUUAUUAUAGACUUGUCCACGGCCCAUAGCCAUAUGUAUAAACAUACAUAUAUGUAGGUAAAGAGGAACUGUUUUUAGGUACUAGUUUGGAAUUUGUAUUUCUGGUUUCUGUCCGAGUCCAAAUACGUGCACGGAUAUCCUCAAAUGUAGAGUUUGAAUGUAAGUUUAAGGCUUAAUUUACUUCGGUGUCGCACAUUAUUACGUUAUUAUGUCAUAGAUGUGGAUGAUCAUCUUUUAGGAAGGACACUGAUAGGGUAGUACUUGUCGGAUGUGGAUGAUCAUCUUUUAGGAAGGACACCUGAUAGGGUAGUAUUUUUCUUGAUAAUUUAUCAAUCGUUGAUUUCCGAUGUAA